AUGUUAGCAUCAAAAGCUCAUGAACUAAUUAAAGAAUUGGAUCGUAGUCAAGAUGCUUCUAUACCACCACACAAUAUGGAAACAAUUCGUUUUUGUCAAUUAGAAUCAAAUGAAUUGUAUCGUCAAAAUCAUGAAGAUGUUCAAAGUGUUAUUAAUCAAAGUGAUCAAACAUUAUUACCUACUAUCGCUUUAAGACAUGCAGCCAUUCAACGAAUAAAACGUUGUCUUCUAACCUAUUCAUAUCAACGUUUAAAUAAAAUAAAACGUUUACGUUGGACCACAGGAUCAAUAUUAACAGAAUCAAUUAAAAAUAAUUUAUCAUUAAAUGAGUUAGAUUUUUUUUCAAAUUAUAAUCAAACUCUUUCAUCAUAUAUGAGAUCAAUAGGAAAUAAUCAUUCAUUAGAUUUAUUGUCUUAUACUCAACCACCAAAAAAAUUACAUGUACAUGUCAAAUGUUUAAUCGAUUAUGGUCCUUAUGAAGCAUUAGACGGUACAACAUUUAAUCUCACACUUAAUAGUGAACAUUUUGUAAUGACAUCAGAUGCUGAACAUUUAAUUCAAAAAAAGAUUGUGGAACAUAUUUGUCAAAUGCCGUCCGAUUCUAAAAAGAAACGUGAAGCACAAAAAAAAGCGGUUGGAAAACAACGAUAUCAACAAAAAAAAUCAACAACAGCAUCUUUAACAACAAACGAUGAUGAAAACAAUGAUGAGCGAGAAAAUGAUGAUGAGGAAGUAAAUGAUGAAGAACCAACAACAACAACAACGACAACAACAACAAAAACAACGACAGUAAAGGAAUCUACAAAUGGAUUAUCCAAUGGUUCAACAAAUGAUGCGGCUAUGGCAGAGGAUGCGAAUGUUAAAUCAUUAAUACAAAAUAUGGAUGUGUUAACAAUGGUGGAAAAGAUGAAUACUGAUGCACGAUCCUGUACAGGUGUUCUUGGCUCACAUCCUCAUGGAAGGGAUGUUCACAUUCAUCAAUUUUCUCUAUCAUUUUGGGGACAAGAAAUAUUGGCCGAUACAGAAUUUGAAAUGAAUUGUGGAAGACGAUAUGGAUUAGUGGGAUUAAAUGGAUCAGGAAAAUCUACAAUGUUAGCAUGUCUAGGAAAUCGUGAAGUCCCUAUACCAGAACACGUUGACAUAUUUUAUUUGAGCCGUGAAAUGGCACCAUUAAAUAAAUCAGCAUUACAAUGUGUCAUGGAAGUUGAUAAAGAACGAAUUCGAUUAGAAACUGAAGCAGAAAGACUCGCAGCACAUAAUGAUGAUGAAAAUUUUCAAGAAUAA